UGUUUUACCUGUGGGGGGGUGAUUCCCACGUAAAAUGUCUAGUCUCAAUCAGCGAAGUAGACGAAGCGCCCGUGACCCUCCGACCAGCAGGUGGCACUGUCAUAGACUGGCGUGUCCAGGUGGAGAGUUCCGGCCCUUCCGCCCCGCCGUAGGUCCGCGCCUCACCCGCGCGCCAGCGGCGGAAGUGUUCUGUGGCCAGCGAGAUGUCGUUGCUGCGGCAGGUUCCCGUGUGCUUCAGUGGCCCCAGCUAUGGCACACAUUUCACUCUGGGGCCUGGCUGUCUUCCUCAACCUCCAGCAAAGAACUCCUUACGAAGUUGCGGCGGAAAACGGGCUACUCCUUUGUAAAUUGCAAGAAAGCUCUUGAGACUUGUGGCGAGGAUCUCAAACAGGCAGAGAUCUGGCUCCACAAGCAGGCCCAGAAGGAGGGCUGGAGCAAAGCUGCCAAGCUCCAUGGAAGGAAGACUAGAGAAGGCCUGAUCGGGCUGUUGCAGGAAGGAAAUGCAACUGUAUUGGUAGAAGUAAACUGUGAGACAGAUUUUGUUUCCAGAAAUUUAAGAUUUCAACAGUUCGUCCAGCAAGUAGCCCUCGGAACCAUGCUGCAUUGUCAGAACCUGAAGGAGCAAGUCUCCACAUACAGUAAAGGCUUCUUGAAUUCCUCUGAGCUUUCUGGACUUCCAGCUGGACCUGACAGAGAAGGCUCUCUCAAGGAUCACUUAGCCUUAGCAAUUGGAAAACUGGGAGAAAACAUGACUCUUAGACGAGCUGCAUGGGUGAAGGUGCCAUCUGGGUUCUACGUUGGCUCUUAUGUCCACGGAACAAUGCAUAGUCCCUCCCUUCACAACCUGGUGCUGGGCAAGUACGCCGCUCUGGUUGUCUGUGAGACGUCUGAGCAGAAAGCAAACCUUGAAGACCUGGGCCGCCGCCUUGGGCAGCAUGUGGUGGGCAUGGCUCCUCUCUCUGUCGGCUCCCUGGACGAUGAGCCUGGGGGAGAGGCAGAGACUAAGAUGCUGUCCCAGCCAUACUUGCUGGACCCCUCCAUUACACUGGGACAGUAUGUGCAGCCCCGGGGGGUGUCUGUGGUAGACUUUGUGCGGUUUGAGUGUGGAGAAGGUGAAGAGGCCACAGAGGCUGGAUAGGUCUUCAGGCUUGUGGCCCGGGAGGAGUGUCUACGUUUAGUUCUGGAUAUCAUUACAAAAAGGGUAUUUCCUAUCCUAAGUCUCUUCAAACUCAAAUUUUGUUUUUCAUUUGAGUUUAUAAUAAAAUCAGAUACUUCAUGGGUAAAGUUAUUAAAUAAAAUAGUUACAUAAUUAGAAGAGUAGGAUUUUUCCCUCUUAUUUGCUUAAUACUAGGUUUAGCUUUUUUGUGCCUUGUUUGUGACAUGUUUUAGAAAACAGCAGGUGGGGGCGGUGCCUGUGGCUCAGUCGGUAAGG